GGGACAGAACCCUUUAAUUUUUUCCCUGGUCCUUCAUUUGAUCCACAAGGAUCCUCAUCUACUGAGGUAUAUGGGCCCAGCUUCCUCCUGUCACAUUGAGUAUGGUGCAGCCAGUGUCUAAGAUAUCAAUCACUGAGCUGAUGAAACUCACCUUGAAAAUGGGGUUGGAGUGUAAUUUUGAGACUGUUGCGAAUAUGGGACCAAGCCAUAGGAGAAUGUUUGUAAUGUGUUGUAUUGUGGGAGAUAUCAUAGCUCAGGGAUCAGGGUGUGGGAAA